AUGAAGCUGGUUGCAACAAUCCUGGUGUGUGUGAGUGUAGCCUCGCGAGCGUGGGCGCAGGAUGGCUCAUUUAUCCUGGAUUCACGAGGCGUGGAGGUGGAGCAGGGACUUCAGCCUUCCUCAGAACUCUUCCAGAACCACCAAGCCUUCUCCGAGGCAUUUCAAGAACGCGCGGAAGAGCUGGCAACACAAUACAGUCUCGGCCAAGUUGAAUACAAUGAUCCUAACCCAGAGUAUACUUGGGCUUAUGAGGUCGACGCCAGAUCGACCGGGGACAUGAAGUCUGCCCGAGAGGAACGUCGAGGUGACGUGGUCGUGGGUCAGUACUCGGUCAUGGACCCCGACGGGUCUCUGCGUGUGGUCGACUACUCGGUGGCUCCCGGCACAGGCUUCCAGGCCACCGUCCGCAAGGACUUUUCUGACAGUACUCAGAGCCAGACAAGCCGUGGCCAACUUCAGCAAUACAGCCGAAACGAUUUGCAGAAUCAACAGCCUAGCAGCAGCCAGAGCCAGCUCCGUAGUGAAUUCGAGAAUGAGAGGAACCGCCAGCAGUUCCAGAACGAGCAAAGUAACCGCCAGCAGUUCCAGAACCAGCAGAGUAACAGCCAGCAGUUCCAGAACCAGCUGAACCGCCAGCAGUUCCAGAACCAGCAGAGUAACCGUCAGCAGUUCCAGAACCAACAGAGUAACCGUCAGCAGUUCCAGAACCAGCAGAGUAACAGCCAGCAGUUCCAGAACCAGCUGAACCGCCAGCAGUUCCAGAACCAAUUGAACCGCCAGCAGUUCCAAAACCAGCAGAGUAACAGCCAGCAGUUCCAGAACCAGCAGAGUAACCGUCAGCAGUUCCAGAACCAACAGAGUAACCGUCAGCAGUUCCAGAACCAGCAGAGUAACAGCCAGCAGUUCCAGAACCAACAGAGUAACCGUCAGCAGUUCCAGAACCAGCAGAGUAACCGUCAGCAGUUCCAGAACCAACAGAGUAACCGUCAGCAGUUCCAGAACCAGCAGAGUAACAGCCAGCAGUUCCAGAACCAACUGAACCGUCAGCAGUUCCAGAACCAGCUGAACCGCCAGCAGUUCCAGAACCAGCUGAACCGCCAGCAGUUCCAGAACCAGCAGAGUAACAGCCAGCAGUUCCAGAACCAAUUGAACCGCCAGCAGUUCCAAAACCAACAGACUAACCGUCAGCAGUUCCAGAAACAAGUGAACAAUAAUUUGCAGUUUUCGAAUCAGCCAGAUCGCCUUCAGUUGCAAAACGGUCGUCAGCAGUUCCAGAGCCAGAAUGACAGACAGCAAUCUCAGCUCACUCCUGAACUCAACACCGCGCCUGGCUCUGGAGUCCUCCUCAAGAGCGCCCUCGCCAGAACCAGCAACUACGGCCAGCGUUUCAACAAGAAUCUGCUGAGCGGACAGGACCAGAACACCCGAUUCACUGGUCAGGCGCGAUACACCGAGAGAUAUGGCAGCAACUUCGAUCAGUUCACCCAAAACCGGGAUCAGUACAACCAGAAUUCCAAUCAGUACACGUCAGGCCGCAACCAAUACAGUCAGAACAACAGUGAGAAUCGCAGCCAAAGAAGGCAGUACUCCAAUGACCAGUUCAACCGUGAACGCUACCAGAGCAACCAGCAGGGCCGAUACAACAGUCGAACCCAGUACAACAACCAGAACCAAUACAACAGGCAAAACCAGUACAACCAGAAACAAACCACUAGGCAGAACCAAUACAACACCCAGAACCAGUACAACAAUCAGAACCAGUACAACAACCAGAACCAGUUCAGCAGCCAGAACCAGGACACAACCCAGAACCAGUACAACAACCAGAACCAGUUCAGCAGCCAGAACCAGGACACAACCCAAAACCAGUACAACAACCAGAACCAGUUCAGCAGCCAGAACCGGCUGGAGGAUCCUGUGUACCCUAAGCAGGAUCUUGGCAUGCCGUAUUCAGUUCUCCAAGUUCCGCUGAUGUCGAUCAAAAUUCACAAUCAGCUUAUUGUGUAA